UUGGUAGAUCUCUUGUUAACUUUCAUAUGCUGCCUUUCUCCUCGGCGAAGAUCUAGUUGGCUGUCCAAAGGGGGAGGCUGUAGAAAGAUCCAAAACUAGUAACCAAUUUUGUAUCUCCGCGGUCGUCGUUGACUAGGAUAGCAGAGUGAAGUGGUUGGCGACGGACGCGGCAGGAUUGUGGCUUUCAGAAUUUGGACAGGAAGGUAGUUUGACACCUGUGUUGGUCGAGCUUUGCCAUGGCAGAGAUGAAUCACGACGUUCUAAUCAAAACUUGAGGUUGAUUUAGGCGUAGAUGCGGCACGACGAUAGUCUUGGCACACAGUGUCGGCACAUCUCUCAAGCCGAUUCGACGUUCAGCUGGGACAAGCUCUUGACUCUUGCUUAGUUUACAUGCUCUGAGGGGCCGCCUCCACGACGAGCCAUCAUCCUCGAAACGUACGGGCCGCUGCUGCUCCUACAUUCUCAUGUCACGUCCAGGCGCAGGGGAUCUGCUCCACCUUGUAUUCGUCGUCUUCGUCGUCUUCGUCGUCUCCGUCCGCACUGCCGCGGUUGGGCGAGCGACAGAGGCUUGGACUGACUUUGGUCGCUUGUUGCUUGCAAGACGGCGUCCGCAACCACUGCUUUCCUUGCUGCUGUCGCCGCUGCUAUCAGCACUAUAGCAUGUUUUGGUAUCGUAACCGCUGUACUGCGCGACUGAAAGGGGUUUUCGGCCGGAAGGAAGGGAGAGCGGUCUGCCACGGGGGCAGAGAGCGUUUCCGCUUGCCACGUUGCGUGGUCGUCGCUAUCGUCAUCGUUGGUGUCAUUAUCGAAUGCGUUGCUACUGCAGCAUAAGAGGGAAAUUUGCUUUGCUCCUCCGCCUUCGGUGUGGACUAGCGUUAUGUAAUGAUUACAAGCUGAGCACGGAUCUAAGUUCUUCCGAUGCCAAGAUAUCUCAAGCUUGCUGGCCUCCGUUUUUGAACGCAACCGCCUCCGGAAAUGGAGGCGUUGAAGCCAACCGGAUAUUAUUUAGGAGGACAGCUAACCGUGUCACAAAACCUCCCAUGGGACAACACAGUUUUGACAUCG